AUGGUUUUCAUAGAAUCACUUGUAGAGGGAAAAAUCUCAGUAAAAGCAUUAAUAGAUACAUCGUUGAAGUUUAAUACUAUUAGUAAAAGCUUGUUCAAUAGGCUUGGAACGGAUCAUGGAAUAAGACCAACUUGUGAUCUGGUUGAAAACCUCUAUAAAGAUGCAAUAGGUGAAAUAAAUUGCUUAGAUUUACAAUUCCAAUAUAAAGGAACAUACCAUAGCUUGGAUAACACUGAUGUAAUAAACUUUGAGAUUCGCAAGAAUCCAACAUUCGAUCUGGUAUUGGGUCAGGGUUGGUUAUGGGCGCACGAAGUAAAGAUGCGUUUUAAUCCGAAUGCUAAAAUUGUAAUAGAUGGUAUGAGCAUCCCGUUAAUCGAUGAAGAUUUUAACAAAGCCAGCUCUAGUAAAAAUAGCUCACUUGAGUCUGAUUUAUCAAUAGAGGAGAUCACGAAUAUGAUUAAGAUUUUAUCUCUCAGAAGCGAAGAUAAUAAGCAACAAAAGAGGCAUCAUGAUAAUAUACCUCUUGUAUCCCCAGCACAUAGAAGAGUUAGCAAGAUUAAGAAAUAUCCCAUGAUAGAUUUAGGCGAUGGAUGUGGAAAACUUUCAAUCAAAACACACCUCAAUAAUAUUUGGAAGUCGGUUCAUUCUAUAGAAAAUGAUAUAGAGCAUGGAGUUUUUGAAAAACUUCGUAUUAUUGAGUAUGAACUAAGUUGUAUAAAUAAAGCAAAGCUACCAUGGGUAAAGUCGGAUUCUUCAGAUACUUCCAAUUCAAGUAAUUCUCCCACAUCUAGGUCUAAACCUGGUCUAACUCAGGAGGAGAUUACGAAUAUGAUCAAAAAAUAUUUCGUAAUAUACCCCCUGCGCCACCCAGAAGAUUAG